AUGGCGGACGUUAUUUACAACGACGCAAAGUCUCGCAUUAUUCGCUGCGUUACCAAAUUGAAAUCCUUUGCCCAAGCUUCUAUUGAUUUCAAUAAUGACCGUACAAACUCUGAGCCUUCGACGUCACUUCCUGACCCAAGUCUAGUCAAUGUUCCGAUGUCGAAAUACCAACGAUGGCGAUUAAUCACAGAUCUACACCGACAUUUUUGGACACGAUGGAAGAACGAGUACCUUAGUAGCCUUCAAAUCAGGAAAAAAUGGUCUGCACCCGGUCAGGAACUCCGUAUUGGUGACCUUGUCCUCGUCAGGGAGGCGACACACCAUCUUCGUUGGGGAACUGGAAGAAUUCGUGUCCUCCAUCCUGGCUCAGACGGAAUCUCCAGAGUGGCCACUCUCGACACUUUAUCUGGACCAUUGAAGGGCCCAGCGGUCAAGCUCUGUCCACUCCCAAUGUCUUGA